AUGGUCGAGACACAACGUGUGCAGCCCGAUAUCCAGUAUCAUCCGGAUUAUACCAAAUAUAAAGCACGCACCCAACGCCGACAAGAGCAUGAAUCGCUAACCACCAGCUUGCCCAAGGGGUUCCCGGCGGAACUAUCCUCGCCCCUAGUGUGGCAUGGAAAGGAUAUUGAAAAGAGCGACGAUUGGAUCUAUUCGCUAAGUGAGGAUCAGUUGGAAGAGAUUGAUUCGGCCCUGCGAACUUUCGAAGCUCUUAAAAAGCCUCUCGGGUACAUCAACAACGAGACGUUUCCGCUGCCUACCGUGCGACCUGUCCUGCGUGCUUUGUCCAAAGUCUUGCAUCUUGGUCGCGGCUUUUUUGUGCUCCGUGGAUUGCGCGUUGAUAGAUAUACCCGCGAGGAGAACAUUAUCAUCUAUGCGGGCGUGUCAUCGCAUAUUGGCAAUAUCCGUGGGCGGCAGGAAGACACGCGCUUCUCAAACGGAACCUCUCUUGUUCUGUCGCACAUUAAAGAUCUGUCCAAAACGGUCGACAGUGGCAAUAUAGGCGCACCAUCGAACACGGCCGAUAAGCAGGUAUUUCACACGGAUGCCGGAGAUAUCAUCUCACUUCUUUGCUUGAAUCCUGCCAUCGAAGGAGGGGAGAGCUAUAUUUCGAGCAGCUGGCAGGUGUAUAACAUUCUGGCACGAACCAGACCGGACUUGAUCCAUACGCUAUCUCAAGAUUGGCCUGUCGAUGGUUUUGGCAAUGGCCAGAAGCCCUAUACUAAUCGGCCACUACUCUAUCACCAACCUGCGACGUCGUCCGCUCCCGAGCGGAUCUUGAUUCAAUAUGCACGACGUUAUUUCACGGGCUUUCUCUCGCAGCCUCGGUCCUCCGAUAUUCCACCCAUCACCGAGGCGCAGGCAGAGGCGCUGGAUGCCUUGCAUUUCCUGGCAGAGGAGAAUCGAGCAUCCUUGGACUUUCAAAAGGGCGACAUCCAAUACGUUAAUAAUUUGAGCAUCUUUCACGCUCGUAAUGGAUUCACGGACGAGCCAGGAAACGAGCGACACCUGAUGAGGUUGUGGCUGCGUGACCCCGAACACGCAUGGCAGACACCCGGGCCCCUUCGCGCUCGCUGGGACAAUGUGUACAAGGAUGUGCUUGCAGAUGAACAGGUCUUUCCGCUCGAUCCACGGCUGCGAAAGACUGUUGGAUCUUGA